AUGAGCGACACAGCAGUCCACCGCCCCGAGUGGCGGCGCUUUGCAGUCGAGAUGGGAACCGGCACGAGCCUGCGGCGGCAGGAUCACACGGCAGCGGCCGUGCGUGCGCUGGAAGACGCCCUGUGGCGCGUCUCCAUGACGGCCUACCGCGCGCUCGACAAGCGCCCGGAGGAGAUGAAAAUCGAGGUUGUGGUCGGCGUGCCGAAGCCGGCGGCGGUGGACGAGUCGGCGGUCCUCGCCGUGCUGCCGUACGGCGCGGCGCGCCCUGUCGCCUGCGAGCGCUCCAUCAGGGUCGUCGAGGGCGGCCUCGCCAUCCCGGGAGGGUGCGGGGCGGAUGCACAGGGCGACAUCAUCAUGGCCAACGCGGCCGCAAUCGUGUACCUUGACGUGGGCGACUACCUGGCGCUGAAACGGUCGGCAAGUAUGGACUAA